AUGCUCGGCCUCGGUGCAUACGCGAGCAGUAGCGAGGACGAGGUAGAGACCAAGCCCUUACCCAAGCUGCAGCCAACACAGCGUGAGAAGCAGCCACCGGUUGUACCCAAACAACCCGUUCAGGACAACAAGCCAGCUCCUGCCAAUAUUACGAAAAUUCAGCCACAGAUACAGCCCACUUCAGCGACUAAUGAGCCUCCCAAUGGCCCAGUUCUCGGUCCCGCAUCCGGCCCCGCGGCCAUGAGCCAGGAACAAUCGCCCGAUGGCCCAUCACCCAGCGGCCGUUCCUCGCCCUUCUCGGCGACGCGGGCUUUGAUACACGAUUUGACACUUCCGCCAGUGCCCAAUCUGGAUAUUCCACCUUCACCCCCGGGGUCACCGAACGCCGCUGCCAAUGCCAAGUUUGAGCAUUUCCUCUCCCUGAAGAAACAAGGCGUUCAUUUCAAUGCGAAGCUAGCCAGCUCCUCGUCUCUGCGGAAUCCUAGUUUGUUGAAGAAAAUGAUGGAACAUGCGGGUAUUGAUGAGGAAUCACAAUAUAAUACGGCUCUGCCUUCGGAUCUUUGGGAUGUCUCUAACUUGCCCAAGUGGGCUUUCAAGGAGGAGCUUCUUAAGACUCAGCAAGAGGCUCGACAGAAACAAGAUGAGAAGAAUGCUGCGGGUCAGCGGUCUUCUAUCGAGUUUGUCUCCGGAGCAGAUGCAAAGAGAAAAGCCAAUCCAUGA